GAAGGAGCUUCUGCGUUUAAAGCAUAACCCUUUCUUAGCAACCUUCUCCUGACAAGAAACCCGAAGAUGCUGAGAUCAAGCCUCAGGAUCCAAAUCAUGGCGAUUCUCCAAAGUAUCCAUUUAUUUAUCCGGGUCUUGUUCCCGGGUCGAACCCUGGACAGUGCGAUGAACAAAUGAACCGUGGAGCUGGCAUUUAUGCGGCUCCUGUUCAUCAGUUUGGAGGAUAUGUCGCUGGUCUUCCCUCGAACUAUCUCAUCCCUCUCACUUACAAUGUUCCCACGACGACUAGACCAAGCAAUGAGACUGAGGCUGGGGGAGAGAACCAAGCGCAAGCGAGGCAGGGUCAGCAGCAACAACCUGGACAUCAAAGGCAAGUGGUGGUACGGAGAUUUGAGAUCACGUUUCAGCUGGACAUAUUCCUCAUACUCAAGCUUGCUGCUGUCAUCUUUUUGUUCAACCAAGAUGGAUCUAGACAACGGCUCGCUCUUCUUGUGAUUUUCGCUACCAUUAUCUACUUAUACCAAACUGGAGCUCUUGCACCUUUUAUCCGAUGGCUCUCACAAGGUAUGCACAGAGCAGCGGUACCACCUCGAGCUCAUCGACCUGAUAAUGAUCCAGCAGCUGCAAUGCCACUAAACCAAGAUGCUGCUCCUGAGGGACAAGAGAACGAAGCUGGUGAUGGGAACCGAGCAAACGCAAAUGAAAAUGUUGGUGCAGGUGCAGGACAACAAGGGAAUCAGUGGUGGGGAAUAGUGAAAGAGAUUCAAAUGAUAAUUUUCGGCUUCAUAACUUCACUACUCUCUGGCUUCCACAACAUAGAUUAGUCUCUCUCUCUUUUUUUUCUUCUGCAUACACUCAACCUUCUUCAACAGAAGAAAGUGUUUAUGUUCUACUUUGUCGUCUGUGAUCUCUUAUGUGAAGAAAGUACAGAAAAUUUUAACUUUUGAGACUCAAAUUUAGUUGAAUGUGCGCUCCUUGAGAGA